AUGCCCGCGAGUAUGUUCAGUAUUGAUAGUAUUUUGGCGGUGAGACCUCCCGGUAAGGAAUCGGCUUUGCUGCACCGGAACGCUGUGCCCUCGAGUUUGUCUGAUUCUCUGUGCGUGGCUGCGGAUUACGUUGAACUUCACCCACACCCACUGGGGCUCACAGGAUCGAACAUCCAGACACUAAAUGGAAUAGGAUAUAAUAACUAUUACUAUGGACAUCUUUACACACAGGGGCCAAGCGGCCCAUCAUGUUGCGGUGCAAUACCAGCUCUGGGGACACAGCGCUGUCCAUGCAUUCCUACAGGCUACGACAGUCCCCGGACAGCGCUGCUCCCCCCACUACCUCAUCAAAUGAUGUCCUAUAUGAACUUCGGCACUUUUUCCAGAACGGAGCUUCAGCUGCUGAACCAGUUGCACUACCGCAAGAAAAGGAGACACCGGACAAUCUUCACUGAGGAACAGCUCGAAGCGCUUGAGAGCCUUUUCCUUGAAACAAAAUACCCAGAUGUUGGGAAGAGGGAACAGCUGGCGCGGAGGGUGCAACUUCGUGAGGAAAAAGUCGAGGUUUGGUUCAAGAACAGACGAGCAAAAUGGAGACGACAGCAGAGAGGAUCUUCGAAACUGUCAGGAAACAGUCAGAGAUGUGACAGCUCAGACACAGAGGAACGCAAGCAUGACCUGGACACGGGAAGUGGAUAUUCCUGA